AUGACUUUACACUGGAUGAAUGAUCUCCAUUUGCCAUUGAAGCUACUCGAAUACACGAUUAGAAAUGACGCCAAGCUUAGAAAGAGAUGUGAAGACGAUGGAUGUCCCGUAGACGUUGGUACUCUUUCCAAUGGUCGAUGUUGGGGAUACGAGAAGAACUGUUUGUAUGAAAAUUCAUAUUCGUUUGAAAUGGGCGUGCCUUGGUGCAAAUCUCCUUCGAAACGAGAAAAAUUCUUCAAGCAAGCAGAUUUCGGGUAUGUGAAGGAAAGGAGUACAAUGCACGACAUUUGUCUGUCCUCACGUAAGGAAGGAAGCCGUCUGCAGUGUUCAGAUGACCUCCGUCACUGCCACGGGACAAACAUCUUUUUCAAUUUUAAGAGUUGGGACCGGAAAAACUCUAAGCGAUAUCGUGAGGACAUCCUGCAACCGGGAGAGGUCGGUGGGAAUUGUGAAGAGUUCCACCCUGAGGUGUUGCAAGAGAAUAUGAGCGAAAGGGGAUAUUUACGAAGUUGGGCCGACGAAUUCAAGCAGUUUGUAUCUUUGAAUGCGUUCUCCGUUGACUACGAACAUUGUGACGUCAUUUUCGAGCGACCUACCAUCGUUAUGAAGCUGGACGCUGCAGUGAAUAUGUACCAUCAUUUUUGUGAUUUCGUAAAUCUCUACGCUUCACAACACAUCAAUGGUUCCUUUAGUAGGCAGGUGGACGUGGUGUGGUGGGACACAUUUAGUGGCGGCUUCGUGGAUCCAUUCUUCGGAGUCACUUGGAAUGCGUUCACCGAUGCGAAACCGGUGGAGUUGACAGCUCUGGCUGGUCGUCGUGUUUGUUUCAGAAAUGCUUUGUUUCCACUUCUGGCAAGACAACGUUUUGGACUUUACUACAAUAUGCCCAUGGAACAAGAAUGUUCUGGAUCGGGAUUGAUGCAUGCUUUCGCCCAUCACAUUCUGUAUCGAUUGAAUAUUACUCAAACAGGACCACUACUGGAUAAUGUGCGGCUCACAAUUUUGACGAGGAGCACUAAGUUUAGGCGAAUCCUCAACUUAAACGAGCUCCUCCAGACAGUACAAACCAUCUCUGGCCUCACAGUAAAGGUCGUGGAUUACAAUGAACGUAUUCCUUUCCUUGCUCAGCUUAAUUCCACUCAUAACUCGGAUAUCUUCAUCGGAAUGCAUGGUGCAGGCCUCACUCAUCUGUUGUUUUUGCCGGAUUGGGCAGCUGUAAUGGAGUUAUACAACUGCGAGGAUCGUAAUUGCUACAAGGAUCUUGCUCGACUUCGAGGAGUGAAAUACUUCACAUGGUCAUCGUCUAAGGAACAUCUCAUCUAUCCAGAAGAUUCUGGCCAUCAUCCCACCAAUGGAGGACCACAUAAGAAAUUCACAAACUAUCGUUUUGAUCCGACAGAGUUUAAACGACAGGUGAACUUGAUGUUAGAAUACGUCCGCCGUCACCCCAAAUUCGUGAAGGAAAGACGGCGAUUGCGUCGACUUCAAAAAAGUGGAGAGUUAUGA